UACAUUUAACGGUACUCAUCCCCCCUCCAGCCGUCCCUACACCAAAACCGAUGGGAGAACCCGACGAUCCCUCUAUACGCAGCUUCAAGUCUAAGGCAGCGUCUGCACUUGGCUUGGGACGCAAGACCGUCACUGUCCUCCCGACCCACGCCCCCCACGCCACCAUCCAUGGCACCAGCGCCGCCAGCAGCAACACCAACAGCAUCGACGCCCGCGCAGACUCGGCCAACAAUGAAAAGCCCCUCGCGUCCAGGUCCAAUACCCCGCCCCAUGGAGAUGCGUCUUCCGCCAUAGGAUCCGAGAAGCGCCCGUUCUACUCGCCCGCGCGCAUCAAGAACGGCUCCCUGCGAUUCCUCACCCACACCAAGAACGCAAUCACCCACAGCUGGAUCAAUGUCCUGCUCGUCUUCGUGCCGCUCGGCAUUGCCGUCAAGCUGGCCGGCAUGAAGUCGGAGAUUGUCUUCUCCAUGAACGCCAUUGCCAUCAUCCCCCUGGCCGGCCUGCUUGCCCAUGCGACCGAAGUCGUCGCUGCUCGCGUGGGAGAUGCCCUUGGCGCUCUGCUCAACGUGUCGUUUGGCAACGCCGUUGAGCUCAUUCUCUUCAUCAUCCUGCUUGCCUCGGGCCAGAUCGAGGUCGUGCAGGCCUCGCUGCUCGGCUCCAUCCUCGCCAACCUGCUCCUCAUUCUCGGCAUGGCCUUUUUGCUGGGCGGCCUCAAGUACCAGGAGCAGGUCUACAACAACACCGUCACCCAGAUGAGCGGUGUCAUGCUUGCAUUGGCCGUCACCAGUCUUCUGCUGCCCACUGCUUUCCAUGCUGCUUUCGAGGACAAUGCCAUUGCCGACCACGAGACGCUGUACGUCAGUCGCGGCACCAGUGUCAUCUUGUUGCUCGUCUAUGCCCUCUACCUGCUCUUCCAGCUGAAGAGCCACCGGUACCUCUAUGCCAGCACCCCGCAGCACAUUAUUGACGAGGAGUCACACCCGGGUGUCUUGGCGGGCGCCUUUGACUCGUCCAGCUCAGACUCGUCGUCCAGUGACAGCAGCAGCGACAGCGACGGCUCUUCCAACUCGGAUGGCACUAUGAAGAAAAAGGCCAAGCGCAUGGUGAAGAGGCUCCGUCGCAAGUCUAGUGCUAGCUCCACCAAAGAAGGAAGCGCGCUGUCGGCUCUAAGCUCGCCCGAAGGAGAGCCUCACCAGAGUCCCUUUGACAUGGAGCGGGAAAGGACCAAUAGCGUUACCACUGCCAACACUGGCCUCCCCGCCAGAUCUCGCAGACACUCGUUUGACGUCAUGAGCGGCGACGAAGCCGACACUGACCACCAUGUGCCAGUUGUCCGUGACUUUGAGGCCGCCUCGCACACGUCGCAGUCCAUGACCAAGAAGGAGAGGCGCAGACACAAGAAGAGCAAACGCGACCGCCGUGACCGCAACAGGGUUAGUACCAUUCCCGAGAAGGAGGUGGCACCGCCAGAGCCUACGCCCAAGGUUACCUUUGCAGAGGUGCCUCAGGAAAGCCCGGCCGCGCCCGCCAACGCACGCCGGUACAAUCGCCCUGGUCUGCCUUCGCUGCUUUCCAACAAUGUCUUUUCGAACCCUCAGAAUCAGGCUCCACUGGGAGGCCCUGCUCCCAACAUUCGCAUGGCAGCGCCUCGCGACAACACGGCCCUUCGUGCACCUCUCCGUCGUUCCAAAUCCCUGCCAGACAAAAUCGGCCGCACACCCUCGGAUGCCAACGCUGCCAACCGCCCGGUUGCCUCGCCCCAGGCCGCCAUGGACUUGGAUGAAAAUGACGAAGCUGACGAGACGCCCGACAUGUCCAUCAAGGCUGCCAUCUUCAUGCUUCUGAUCAGCACUGGUCUCGUUGCUGUAUGUGCCGACUUUAUGAGCGACGCCAUCGAACCCAUGGUCGAGACGUCUGGCAUCAGUCAAUCCUUCAUUGGACUCAUUAUUCUUCCCAUUGUUGGCAACGCCGCAGAGCACGUGACGGCUGUGACGGUGGCCAUGAAGAACAAGAUGGAUCUGUCUAUUGGUAUCGCUGUCGGCUCGUCUAUCCAAAUCGCCAUUUUCAUCACGCCGGUGAUUGUGGUGCUUGGCUGGAUGAUGGGCAAGGACAUGACGCUCUACUUUAAUAUUUUCGAAACGGUUGCCCUCUUCGUGACGGUUCUCGUUGUAAAUUUCCUGGUCCUAGACGGACGGAGCAACUACCUAGAGGGUAGCUUGCUCAUUGCCGCAUAUAUUAUUAUCGCUCUGGCGAGCUUCUUCUACCCCGAUGGCUGCGCAGCCAGUGCUAUUGGCGGAAAUGAGCACCGCUGCAAAGACGCCGAAGUCUCGCAGGUUGUGCAGGGCAUGGUGCGGAGGAUGGUAGGCAUGUAAUGCAAUCAUUGUAGCCAUGAUUGCCGAGGUCUAUUCAACAUUGGAUGAGCUCAACUGUCGAAGCUGUAUUCUGCAGUCACACUUGGGUGACGAGUGCUGUGUGAGCGGCAUGGAUUCGUCUGCCCCCCCCCGUCAAAUUGACUUUUGCACUCUUCUUUUCCAACUACAUUUCCAUUCGCUAUAUUUUCAGUACCACCUAGCAAGCUUUAUUACGCCUCGUUGGCCUGUCCCCAAUACAAAUUGAUAGUUUGC